AUGUACCGAAAUUAUGUUAUGGCAACCGGUGCCCUGCUCCUCCUCCGGUCCGCCGCAGGCCCAGGUGUGCGGAGGAUGGACGAUGGUUUCUUCGGGGCUGAGCACGUUCAACCGCUCUUCUCCCCAUUUCAACCUCACCUACAUGACCUAAUGAGGAGGGAGGGCGGGUGCCAGGCUGGAUUCCAUCCAUGCGCGGUCUGCACGUCUGCAUCCUCGUCAGGAUAUUAUUGCGCGAGUUCUGUCACGGCGCCCGCAGCUUUACCUACCACCGUCAGCAUCAUCGUGUCGCCAACGGCCACCGCAGCACAAGCUGCGAGCGGGGGUGACGAUGUUGCACUCAAAGUCGGCCUUGGGGUUGGGAUCCCUGUAGCAGUCAUCAGUAUUGCUGUCCUUAUUUUCGCGUGGCGUAUUCGCGUAGCGAAGAAGCACCGCACCAAGAAUUCUGGCGUCGAUCAAAAGAAGGAUUACGAGAAGCCUGAAUUAGCUGCAGAUCCAGUCGUUGUUCCUGCUGAGCUUGAUGUCGGCGCUGGGGAGUUACCGGCCCAGAUUCUAGAGGCCGAGUUGCCGGAAGAUGGUAUCGUGGCCGAGCUUCCAGGAGAAGCAGAGCCGGCUGAGCCUGAAAGUCUUCAGGAACAAUGUGGUCAGAGAGAAGCUCACAAUGGAAGCCCGUGCUGA